CCUUUGCGACAAGUGUCUGGCGGUGUUUGUGUAGGAGGGGCUGACCCGUCGGUGCCCUUCGCGUAGCGUCUUAUCGAACAUACAGGGAAUGUGCAUUGUCGCCAGAAUAAUAAUUGAGAAAUGAAAAAUGACUGACAAUGAAACAUCAGAUAUCACUUCCCAUAUUCAUCAUCACAGGAUGGCUUCGAUAAAAGAUAAACACACAGUUCACUGGUUCAGAAAGGGUUUGCGAUUUCAUGAUAAUCCAGCAAUGCUAGAAGGUUUGAAGAAUUCAAAAACUUUCCGUUGUGUGUUCGUAUUAGAUCCAUGGUUUGCUGGAUCUUCCAAUGUUGGAAUCAACAAGUGGAGAUUUCUAUUACAAUGUUUGGAUGAUUUGGACAACAAUUUGAAGAAUUUAAAUUCCAGACUUUUUGUCGUAAGGGGUCAGCCUGCAGAUGCAUUACCAAAAUUGUUCAAAGAAUGGGGAACAACCUGUUUCAGUUUCGAAGAAGAUCCUGAACCUUUUGGACAAGUUCGUGACAAAAAUAUUAUAGCACUCUGUAAUGAGCUCGGAAUCACCGUGAUACAAAGGCCUUCCCAUACCCUAUAUGAUUUAGAUAAAAUCAUAGAAAAAAAUGGAGGUACAGCUCCCAUUACGUAUCAUCAAUUUUUAGAAGUUAUUUCUUCCAUGGGAAGUCCCUCUGAACCACUUCCAACACCUUUUGAUUCAGUCUCCAGUAAUCAACUGAACACACCUUUCACCAACGACCAUGAUCAUGAAUUCGGUGUACCUACUCUAGAACAGUUAGGAUUCGAUACAAAGACCUUGUCAGCAGCUGUUUGGAAUGGAGGAGAAAGCGAGGCUCUGAGAAGACUGGAAAGGCACUUGGAAAGAAAAGCUUGGGUAGCAUCAUUUGGAAUGCCGAAAAUGACUCCUCAGUCUCUACUUUCCUCACAAACUGGACUUUCCCCAUAUCUCCGGUUUGGUUGUUUAUCUACUAGAUUAUUCUACUAUCGACUCACUGCCCUGUAUAAGAAAAUUAAGAAUGCCUUUCCGCCUUUAUCCCUUCAUGGCCAGUUAUUAUGGAGAGAAUUUUUCUACUGCGCGGCCACCAGAAAUCCUAACUUUGAUAAAAUGUUGGGAAACCCCAUAUGUGUACAGAUUCCUUGGGAUCAAAAUGCUGAAGCCCUAGCAAAGUGGGCAAAUGGUCAAACUGGAUUUCCAUGGAUAGACGCGAUAAUGACCCAAUUGAGACAAGAAGGAUGGAUUCAUCAUUUGGCUAGACAUGCAGUAGCUUGUUUUCUCACUAGAGGGGAUCUCUGGAUUUCUUGGGAAGAGGGAAUGAAGGUGUUCGAGGAAUUAUUAUUAGAUGCAGAUUGGUCAGUUAAUGCUGGUACCUGGAUGUGGCUGUCUUGUUCAAGUUUCUUUCAACAAUUUUCACACUGUUACUGUCCAGUGAAAUUCGGAAGGAAAGCUGAUCCAAAUGGGGAUUACAUAAGAAAAUACAUAUGUGUUCUGAGGAAUAUGCCAAUUAAGUAUAUUCAUGAUCCCUGGACAGCACCAGACAAUGUACAAAAAGCUGCGAAAUGUGUUAUAGGAAAAGAUUACCCUCUACCAAUGGUGAACCAUUCUCUAGUGAGUAAGAUAAAUAUACAGCGCAUGAAACAAGUAUAUCGUCAACUUAAGAGUUAUAGUGAAAAUAAUGAUGAAUUUGGAACUCAAAUAACUGAAAAUUGUAAAAAUUCUUGUCAAUAUGUACAAACUGAUAAAUGAUGUAAAU